AUGGGGAAAGCUUCGAGGUGGUUGAAGGGGUUGUUGGGAAUGAAGAAAGAGAAGGGUUGUGAGUGUUCGGAGUCACUGGGUGAUGCCAAGAAUGAGAAGAAACGAUCAGGGAAGGAUGAAGUGAGUGUUACGGCUUUUGAUCAUGCUUGGAUCAGACCCUAUGUUGCUGAAAAAGAGGAUGAGAAGAACAAACACGUAAUUGAUGUGGCUGAUGCUGUUGUGAGGUUGAGAAGCUAUGAGAGAGGCACGUUGUUUUGUGGAAGCAGAGAGAGGUGGGCUUCUGUGAAGAUUCAAUCUUUUUUCAGAGGUUAUUUGGCGAGAAAGGCUCUUAGAGCACUCAAAGGAUUGGUUAAGAUACAGGCUCUUGUUAGAGGGUUUCUUGUGCGUAAAAGGGUUGCUGCAACUCUUCACAGUAUGCAAGCUAUGAUAAGAGCUCAAGCUGUUGCCCGAUCGCAGCGAGCUCGUCGCUCCAUGUACAAGGAGAAUAGAUUUCAUGCAGAAAUUCGUUCCAGAAAACAUUUGCAACUGUUUGAUGAAACAAGAAAUGGAAGGGUACCCAUUUAUACUAAGACACCCUUGAAUGGAUUUGAUGAGAACCCAAAAGUUGUUGAGAUUGACACUCACAUGCUCCAUUCAAGAUCUAAGAGCAUUGCCACAACAAAGUCUGAAUGUGGAGAAGACCUGCAAUAUCAAGCAAUGUCAGUUCCAAGUCGAGUAUCAGUUCAUGAAUUCCGACAUCCUCAAAGUUUACAGUGGUACUUCAAUGUUGAUGAGCGCAUGUUAUCCACAGCUCAGAGCACCCCUCGUUUUGCAGAUUGUAUGCUAACACCAAAUACCCCACCUACUCCAGUGAAGAGUGUUUGUAGAGACACCUUCGUUAGGCCUUGCUCCAAUUCCCCAAACUACAUGGCCAAUACUCAAUCAUCUAAGGCAAAAGUAAGGUCUCACAGUGCUCCAAAGCAAAGACCUCAGCUUAAGACAAGGAUUUCACUCAGUGAAAUGAUGGCUGCAAGAAAUAGCAUUAGUGGUGUUAGAAUGAAGUGCUCAACCAACCCAAAUACUCAAGAUUAUUGUUGUUUUUGA